AUGCGGGCAUUCUCAAGCCUCUCUAGCGUCCGACAGGCUUCCAAGAUAACCUGUCCCAGCCUCCAGCACUUUCGAAAACUGGCUACGGCCGGCCAUGUCUCAUCCAGGGCCCAACUUAGUCGAUUUGAGCAGGAUCAAUACAUCGAUUAUGCUGAUAUUGCCAAUAGGAUUCGGCUUGGUCGUCGACGCUGGGCGUGCACUUACGAUGAACCUCUCCGCCGUGGAAAAACUCGGCUCAAGCUGAGGCCGAGGCGCAUCGCCUGCCAAGAUGCUACUGCGCAGAUGGCAUUGAUCCAAUUCCUCUCGGCGGGCUUGGACUCUGCAGCUGUCCCGACGAUAAUCCACUGCGAUCACUUGAUCGUGGGAAAGUCGGGUCAGGAUGAGGAUUUACCCAACGCCCUUGGUACUCAUAAAGAAGUGUAUGGGUUCAUGUCUAGCGCCGCCAAGCGUUUCAACAUGGGCUUCUGGAAGCCUGGCGCAGGCAUCAUCCACCAAACUGUCUUGGAGAACUAUGCAUUCCCCGGUGGGAUGAUGGUUGGUACCGAUUCGCAUACUCCAAAUGCUGGCGGUAUGGGCAUGAUUGCCAUCGGUGUGGGCGGUGCCGACGCAGUCGAUGUCAUGGCAGACGUCAUCAACAAGCUUGCAUCUAUCCUGACCGUCAAAGGCGGCACCGGGUCCAUUGUUGAAUUCUUUGGCAGUGGAGUUCAGACAUUAUCCGCAACAGGCAUGGCCUCCAUCACCAACAUGGGAGCCGAAACAGGCGCCACGACAUCAAUCUUCCCGUACUCGGAUGCCAUGUCUUCUUAUCUCCGGGCUACGGGUCGUCAUGAGAUAGCAGACGCUGUCAAGUUUGCGGCUCCAGAGCUUCAAGCUGAUCAGGGAGUCGAGUAUGAUAGGAUCAUCGAUAUUGACCUAUCCUCACUCGAGCCUCACAUCAACGGCCCAUUUACGCCAGAUCUGUCAACUCGAAUCUCGGAAUUUCCGGGUGCUGUGUCGAGAGAGUCGUGGCCUAGGAAGCUCACCGCCGGGUUGAUUGGGUCAUGCACAAAUUCUUCGUUCCAGGACAUGACGAGGGCAGCGGCCAUAGCAAGACAAGCACUGGAUGCGGGGUUAAAACCCAAAAUACCUCUUCUCAUUUCCCCUGGAAGCGAAAAGACCAGGCAGACGCUGAAAGACAGCGGUGUUUUGGGUGUGUUUAAGGAACUUGAAAGCAUCGUGCUCACCAAUGCUUGCGGUCCUUGUUGCGGCUCGUGGGACCGACAAGAUAUGGAGAAGGGGACUGAAAAUUCCAUCAUAACUUCUUAUAACCGCAACUUCACCGGCCGCCUCGACGAAAACCCGGCAACACACAUCUUCCUCGCAUCACCAGAGAUGGUUAUGGCAAAGAUCUUCUCCGAUGACCUAGGCUUCAACCCCGUAACAGACACAAUUACCACUGAAGACGGCAACGAGUUCAAGUUUGAGCUGCCAACAGGCGAUGCCCUGCCACCAAGCGGGUUCAGUGACGCAGAUUAUGUCUACACCUCCCCUCCAUCCACAGGCAGAGAGUCAAUCCAAGUCCAGAUUUCUGACUCUUCAGAAAGACUCCAACGGCUGUCUCCCUUCCCUCCAGGUCCGACCUCGGAUCCAGAAAACUGCGUCAUCCUUAUCAAGGCCCAAGGGAAAUGCACUACAGACCAUAUCACCCCAGCAGGGCCUUGGUUCCGCUUCCGGGGUCAUCUGGACAACAUCUCCAACAACACCCUCAUCGGCGCAGUGAAUGCAGAAAAUGGCAAGGUCAACACUAUCACAAAUUGGCUCACGGGCGAGAGCGGCGCGGUUCCUCAGACUGCGAGGGCGUACAAGCAAGCUUCGCAGCCUUGGGUGGUUAUUGGAGACCACAACUACGGUGAAGGUUCCUCUCGAGAGCACGCAACCCUUCAGCCGCGGCAUCUAGGAUGCGUCGCCAUUAUCGCGAAAAGCUUUGCACGAAUCCACGAGACGAAUCUGAAGAAGCAGGGAGUAUUGGCGCUCACUGUUAGCAACGAGGGGGAUUAUAACCACGUCAACUCCUCUGAUCGUAUCAGCAUUCACGGUGUGGCUGAUCUAGAGCCGGGAAAAGCUUUGACUCUAAGAGUUGUACCAACGACGGGAAAAGGCGAGGAAUGGAUGACUCAGGUGAGGCAUACCAUGAGCCUAGAAGAGAUUGAGUACUUCAGAGCAGGAAGCGCCCUCAACUUGAUGGCAGACCGGAAGAAGAGCACUCAGAGUUCUCCUACACUGUAG